AUCGGAGCAAGGCUAAACGGCACAAUGCCACGGGAUUCGAGCCUUGAGUGCGGCCAGUUCCGCCCGAGGCUUACCACCUUGGACCAAUGAGAGGCGUUUGAUAAGAGUGCGCAAGUAAAAGUAGCCACAAAGCAGAUGAGGCACGCGAGCUCAUGCCCGUCGUGAUUGGUGGUGUUGCAGCUCCCACGAUAUCAGUCAUCUUGUCGCCUAAGGUUUUUAUCUCCAGUGCUCCAAAAUUGGAAAGAAUCUCGGCCAGCUCCUAUAUGGGAACUUCGUUUUGGGUAUAAGCUGGGCGCAGUAGGCGUCGUGGAGGCAAGAGAAAAAUUAUCGCCUCGUCCACGGUAUAAGAAUUGUCGCCUCAGCCCUUUGGGGAGAAGCGAUCAGCAAAGGCCGACAUCGUUGCCGAGAGAGCUUCGAGCUUCGACACGCGACGAAAGGCUGCAUCGUUAUCAAGAUCUUGAGGAGCUCAUCUUGUCCAAGCUUCUAUUCUGGCAAAUCAACAAGCAAAACCACGCCAUUGCUCGCUUGACAACAGCCACCCGCCUCUUGGAAAGAAGAAAAAGGAUAGGAAGAGUUGCCAAUCGCUCUCACAGUCUUAGGUGCUGGGCACCACGUCGCGAAGCGAUCAGAGCUAUAUAUCACAGCUUGACGAGCUCUUCCAUCUGGAUACGCUAAGGGCAAAACUCCUUCGGACCCUUUCUGAAAGAGUUCGACUCAACCUUCGAAAGGCUCUCUCCGACUCUUACGUAUCCACACACGCACACACGCACAUACAGACACGCGCUUUCUUUGCACGCUUUCGUCUAAGCGGAUCAAAGAUGUCGACUGCCAACAUGGACGUCAAGGAUGAUUCGCCUGACAUGAUCGGGCCAGAUACUUCGCCCAAAAAGUCCUUUGCAGAUAGGAGCAGAGAGAUUGUGAAGAAAUUCACAACCAAGUUCGUUCUGACCCACUAACGGAGAAGCCUUUUGCAAGUCGUGGCUGACGUAUUUUUCAUCAGGGAUGGCUUAAUUGGCGACUAUGAUUAUGCGUUUCUUUUCAAGCCAAACUUGCCCUUCAUGAAGAAGGAGCGCCGCGCCGCGCCGUUCUUUGGCUUGAAUGACAAAAUGCCGAUCUUUUUGGGCAUGUUGCUCGGCUUCCAGCACGCAUUAGCUAUGUUGGCCGGCAUCAUUACUCCACCCAUCAUCCUGUCUACUAGCAGUGGCGCCAACUUAACAACGGAGCUGCAGCAGUACUUGGUGUCCACCUCCUUGAUCGUCUGCGGAAUCUUGUCUUCCAUCCAGAUUACCCGAUUUCACAUUUACAAGUCUCCAUACUACGUCGGAACCGGCCUGAUAUCCGUUGUCGGUACUUCAUUUGCAACCAUCCCCGUUGCGACAGGUGCUUUCGCGCAAAUGUACGCAAAUGGCUUCUGUCCCUCAGAUGCUGAUGGCAACCCCCUCCCCUGUCCGAAGGGAUACGGCGCGAUUCUGGGUACUCAGUGCUGUUGUGCGCUUAUUGAAGUCCUCAUGAGCUUCUGUCCACCGAAACUGCUUAAGAAAAUGUUCCCUCCAAUCGUUACUGGCCCAACCGUCACCCUGAUCGGUAUAAAUCUGAUCAGCUCCGGAUUCAGCAACUGGGCUGGUGGCUCUGGCACCUGCUCGACCCGUCCUGCAGACGGCUUCUUCGCGCUGUGCCCGAACAUCGCUGCUCCCCGCCCUCUACCAUGGGGAAGCGCAGAGUUCAUCGGAUUGGGUUUCCUCGUCUUCGUGAGCAUCAUCAUCUGCGAACGCUUCGGCAGUCCCAUCAUGAAGUCUUGCGCCGUCAUCUUCGGCCUCCUCAUCGGAUGCAUAGUCGCAGCCGCAUGCGGAUACUUUGACAGGUCUGGUAUAGACUCCGCCCCGGCAGUUUCCUUCAUCUGGGUUCAUACCUUUCCGCUUAGUGUGUACGGGCCGAUCGUUCUUCCACUUCUAGCUGUGUAUAUCGUCUUGGCCAUGGAAGCCAUUGGCGACAUCACCGCCACCUGCGAUGUCUCCCGUCUCGAGGUCGAUGGCAAGCUCUUCGACUCACGUAUCCAAGGCGGCGUGCUUGCAGAUGGUCUCAACGGAAUUAUCGCUGGUCUCUGCACCAUCACUCCGAUGUCCACGUUCGCCCAAAACAACGGUGUCAUUGCACUUACGCGAUGUGCAAACCGCUCUGCUGGCUACUUCUGCUGUUUCUGGCUUCUUGUGAUGGGGAUAUUUGCAAAGUUUGCCGCCGCACUUGUUGCCAUUCCCAGCUCUGUCCUUGGAGGAAUGACCACAUUUCUCUUCAGCGCCGUGGCCAUCUCUGGUAUUCGUAUCAUCUCGACUGUUCCAUUCACCCGUCGUAAUCGAUUUAUCCUGACUGCAGCAAUGUCUAUUGGCUUUGGUGCCACCCUGGUUGAUACCUGGUUUGCCUACGUCUUCACCUACCACGGUGACAACCGCGCUCUCUUGGGCUUCUACAACGCCAUCGAACUGGUCAUGGAGACGGGAUUCGCCGUUACUGCCUUCCUCUCUGUCAUUCUCAACUUGAUUAUUCCCGAGGAGGUCGAGGACGAGGAAACCCCAGAGGUCACGGCUGCCACCAUUGACGAGGAUGCUGACAGAGCCGAAUGGGCUUAUAUUCGUAGGAAGAGCGCAGCGGCACGCAAGAGCUCCGAGGCUACACCCGGAGUGAGUCACAGUGACCCAGAGAAGGUCGCUCCUGAAGCAACGACGAAGCCAGCGGAACCUGCUGUCUAGAAUGCCAUCGUCUGGGUCGUUGAGCCUUUAAGCGCAGGGAAGUCUAACCUAUGGCAUCGAUGUCGUCCCGAUGUCUAUGUACGUAUGUAUAUGCAUUAGAUGUGAAUAUUGGGGCUGAAAACUUUGCGUUCUCUUUCAUGAAAAUCUGUGUUGAACGAUGUAAAUUUGAAAUGAAAAUAUGUGUGUGACCA